CCAUGGCCCUACUCCCGGGGCACGCGGAGCCCCCCAGUUGGCCGCCUGGUGGUGGACCCUCCCACGCUCGGCACGUCAUCAUCAACGUCGGCGGCUGCAGGGUUCGCCUGGCCUGGGCCGCGCUGGCGCGCUGUCCCCUCGCGCGCCUCGAGCGCCUGAGCGCCUGCCGAGGCCGCGACGAGCUGCUGCGCGUGUGUGAUGACUACGACGUGAGCCGUGACGAGUUCUUCUUCGACCGAAGCCCGUGCGCCUUCCGUGCCAUAGUGGCCCUGCUGCACGCCGGCAAGCUGCGGUUGCUGCGUGGACCGUGCGCACUGGCCUUCCGCGACGAGCUGGCCUACUGGGGCAUCGACGAGGCGCGCCUGGAGCGCUGCUGCCUGCGCCGCCUGCGCCGCCGGGAGGAGGAGGCCGCCGAGGCCCGCGCUGUGCAGACUGGGCACGUGGCUCCAGGGAGCCCUGCGCGCGCCCUCGGGCCGGGGAGGCUAGAGCGCAGUCGGCAGCGCCUGCGCGAUGUGGUGGACAACCCACAUUCGGGGCUGGCAGGCAAGCUCUUCGCCUUUGUCUCCGUGGCCUUCGUGGCCGUCACGGCGGUUGGCCUUUGCCUGAGCACCAUGCCGGACAUCCGUGCGGAGGAGGAGCGGGGUGAGUGCUCCACCAAGUGCCGCAGCCUCUUUGUACUGGAGACGGUGUGCGUGGCCUGGUUCUCCUUCGAGUUCUUGCUGCGCUCCCUGCAGGCCGAGAGCAAGUGCGCCUUCCUGCGGAGGCCGCUCAACAUCAUCGACAUCUUGGCCAUCCUGCCCUUCUACGUGUCGCUGCUGGUGGGCCUGGCGGCGGGGCCCGCGGGCAACAAGCUGCUGGAGCGAGCGGGGCUGGUGCUGCGGCUGCUGCGCGCGCUGCGCGUGCUCUACGUGAUGCGCCUGGCGCGCCACUCGCUGGGGCUGCGCUCGCUGGGCCUCACGGUGCGCCGCUGCGCGCGCGAGUUCGGACUGCUGCUGCUCUUUCUUUGCGUGGCCAUGGCGCUCUUCGCGCCGCUGGUGCACCUGGCUGAACGCGAACUGGGUGCGCGGCGCGACUUCUCUAGCGUGCCGGCCAGCUACUGGUGGGCAGUUAUCUCCAUGACCACCGUGGGCUACGGCGACAUGGUGCCGCGCAGCCUGCCCGGGCAGGUGGUGGCACUGAGCAGCAUCCUCAGCGGCAUCUUGCUUAUGGCCUUCCCAGUCACCUCCAUCUUUCACACCUUCUCACGCUCCUACUCGGAGCUCAAAGAGCAGCAGCAGCGCGCUGCCAGCCCCGAGCCCGCCCUGUGCGAGGACAGCACGCACUCAGCCAGCGCCACCGAGGUCAGCUCGCAGGACCCCGAGGGCACCAGGGGUGCACCGGACCCAGCAGGGCCGCUCUGA